AGAUGAGACAGUUUGAGAGUCACUGCGGUUUUUGGAGCACAUGGGGCAAAACAAAACAAAUUGCCGACUUUUAAUUCGAUUUUGACUGUUUUUGAGGUGUUAAAAAAUUGACAAAUAAAAAAGCAUGCAAGUGGAGAACCUGUACACUUCGGUAGCUUGCAAUCGCUGCACGGAGUGCGCGGAUUGGGGUCCAAAUGGAUGGAUUGCCUAUGGAGCUUGUAAUGCCGUAGCCAUAAUGGAUCCAAAGUUCAACGGCAACUCGGCCAAGAUCCUUUACACCCUGGUCGAGCACACAAAGCGAGUGAACACUGUAAAAUGGUUGGAUCAAGGGACACUUCUCUCCGGCGGAGAUGAUGGAAAUGCGAUUUUUUGGGAGUUGGGGAAAACUGGUGCAACCAAAAGCCUUCUGCUGAAAGGACAUGCAAGUGGGGUCAACGCGGUGGAUGGAGUGCGUCGGCAGGAUGGCUCCUGGCUGCUGGCUACCGCUGCGGCAGAUAGUACCAUCAAACUGUGGACUUAUCAACAAGGCAAUUAUGUAUGCUUCCAAACCAUACAAUUGUCUGGAGGAUUCUGCUUCUCCCUUCGCCUAAAGUUGCUGCCCACGAGCAAUCAUGUCCUUUUGGCCUUCAGUGGCGACGACGAGACUGUUUCCCUGUGGACAGAACAAAUAGAAGCCACAGGUGGUGGCGAUUCACUGGGGCUGCAGUUUCAGCGCGUCCAUAAACUCAUUGGCCACGAGGAUUGGGUUCGAGGACUAGAUUUCGUGGACGAUGGAGAGGAUCUUCUGCUAGCUAGCGGUUCGCAGGAUAACUUCAUUCGUCUCUGGAGGAUUGCACCUCGUAGUGAGGAUCAAAUGCGCGAGAAUCGCAUUGAUUUGCUCCAGCUAAGCGAGAACGACAGCGAGAUCAAAGUGGAAGAGAAGAUUCUGCAGCUGGGACAGCAGGCCUGGUAUGCAGUAAGUUUGGAAUCGGUUUUAUAUGGUCAUGAGGGAUGGAUUUAUGGGGUUCACUGGCACAAGACACCAGAGCAGGAGCUCCGCCUUCUAUCUGCCUCCAUUGAUAAGACCCUCAUAGUUUGGGCACCCACGGAACAAGGCGUGUGGUUAGAAGAAGUUCGCGUUGGCGAAGUGGGCGGAAACUCCAUGGGCUUCUUUGGUGGAAAGUUUUCCGCCGAUGGCCACUCGAUCAUGGCCCACAGCUACCAAGGUGGCUUUCACAUUUGGAAUCAGGAUCUAGAUCGCCCGCAACUCUGGACCUCCAAUGUCAUUGUGGGCGGUCACUAUGGUGAGGUGAGGGACCUGGCUUGGGAGCACGAAGGCGCUUAUUUGAUGAGCGUCUCAGCGGAUCAAACGACUCGACUGCACGCUCCUUGGCUGCAGGAUGGCCAUAAUACCACUUGGCAUGAGCUGGCGCGUCCGCAAGUGCAUGGUUAUGACAUGCAGGCUUUGGCUUUGCUUUCGCGCUAUAAAUUCGCCAGUGGAGCUGAAGAAAAGAUUGUGCGCACCUUUCAGGCGCCGGCGAACUUUAUUGAAAACUUCCGUCACAUUAGUGGGUUAAAAAAAGAUGAGGCUGGAGACGUACUUCUGGAUUCUCUUCCCAAAGGCGCUUCCGUGCCUUCUCUGAGCUUGUCCAACAAAGCUGUCUACAAAGUAGAAUCAGACGUAGAGGCGACCGGCAAAGGUAAAGAUGAUUAUCCGGACAACUACUUUGUGCCCAUUACUUUGGAAACGCCACCGCAGGAGGAGACAUUAAUGCAGAACACACUUUGGCCGGAGCUGCAGAAGCUUUAUGGCCAUGGUUACGAAAUCUUUGCACUGGCUGCUACUGCAGAUGGUUCCGUCUUGGCCUCCACCUGCAAAGCCAGCAAUGCCGAGCAUGCACAGAUAAUAAUAUGGAACACUUCGAACUGGAAGCAGUUGCAAAAGCUGAGUGGCCACCAGUUGACAGUCACCCAACUGAGUUUCUCCCCCAAUGCGCAAUAUUUGCUAUCCGUCUCCCGGGAUCGUCGCUGGUGUCUGUUCGAGAGGCAGAACUCAACCGCGGGCUACCAACUGGUGGCCAGCACCGACAAAUCCAAUGGAGUUCACACACGCAUAAUCUGGUCUUGUGAUUGGUCGCCUGACGGCCAGUUCUUUGUCACCAGCUCAAGAGAUGGAAAGGUAGUAGCUUGGAGAAAGAGUGAAGACGGCAACGAAUCUUCUCUGAAUGGCUGGCAGGCAGCUGAAGUAUUGGAUCUUAAAAAUGAGUCUAUCACAGCUGUGGCUUUUUCCCAUCAUAGCUGUGCGAACAUUCUUGCCUUGGGAACGGAAACAGGGCUGAUAAAGAUAUAUAAAUUGGCUCGUGGAGAAUGGAUAUUACUCUGCGACUUGAGUAAGAGUCAAGCUCACCAUCUCACUGUUCGGCGACUGCAGUUCCGACCAGGAAAAGAUCUCCAGCUGGCGAGUUGCGGCGAGGAUCAUUUGGUACGCAUCUACGACUUAAAGCUAAUAUAAGUUUGUCUACCUGCAAAUUAAACUAGCCUUAUUAACUUCCA